AUGGCGUGGAAAAAGUAUCGAGUCACAUCUUGGUCCAGAUCUUCUGUUGCGACUUUGCUGUCCUGGAUAGCAGUGGCAUCUACUAUACCCCCCGCCACUACCUCCCCCUCAGAUGAAUGGGUAGACAGCCCUCUCCAGGUUCCGCUACUUGCUCCCCACGCUUCAAGUUACGAGCCGAGACCUGAAAGAAAUACUAAUGGGCAACAUGAAUUCUCUCUGCGCCAUGUCUUCCAUCACGGCACAUACGAAUAUCCGAAUGUUCAUGUACGAUUGAAUGUACCUGCACCUGAGGAAUCACCUCCACGGACAACCGCAGGGAAUCACCAAAAACGCAGCUUGAAGUCGUCGUUAAAGGCAUUAUCAAAAUCGACGCCAAUCGAAAGGUUGUCGGACCGCCGUGUGAAGACCGUGCGCUCGAUGUACCAUGCGGCGCGACGACGGGGCUCUCCUGCUAGGCUUGACUCAAGUGCUUGGAGAAUAGACGAUGUGUCGGGGCCUGACAUCUUGGACAAAGACACAGUCCUUUCCCUGGCUAACAUGAGCUGGAACGCAUACCAGAACGCGCCAGGUGAGGGAGAAUGGCAAGACAUGGGCGGUGACCGAUUCAAUUUCUCGCAAUCUUUCGGCUGGGAGGGUGACGGGAUACGAGGCCACAUUUUCGCAGAUAAAGACAACUCAACUAUCGUGAUGUCUCUCAAGGGCACCUCACCAGCAGUCUUUGACGGAGCUGAAACAACUACGAAUGACAAGGUUAAUGACAACCUUUUUUUUAGCUGUUGCUGCGGCCAAGGUGGGCAAUACUUAUGGCAUCAAGUCUGUGACUGCAUGACGUCAGCAUAUACAUGUAAUCAGACGUGUGUUGUGACUGCGCUGAAGGAGGAGAAUCGCUACUAUGCCGCGGCACUGGAGCUCUACGGCAAUGCGACUGCGCUGUAUCCGGAUUCGAACAUCUGGCUCGUUGGCCACUCCUUGGGCGGAGCAAUCAGUGCCCUGCUAGGAUUGACAUUCGGUGUUCCCGUCACUACAUUUGAAGCACCUGGUGAUGCACUUGCUUCUGCACGUCUGGGUUUGCCCUAUCCUCCAGGAUCCCACGUUGGAGCUCCUCAAACAAGAAAGUACACUGGCGCGGUUCAUUUCGGUCACACAGCAGAUCCAAUAUUCAUGGGUAGUUGCAAUGCAGCAACCUCGGGAUGUACGCUCGGUGGAUAUGCAAUGCAGACCCAGUGUCAUACGGGUCAAGUCUGCAUCUAUGAUACUGUUGGAGACAAACAAUGGCGAGUUGGCAUCAGUUAUCACAAGAUCAAAAGCGUCAUACACGAUGUGAUUGAGGCAUAUGAUGAGCUGCCCUCUUGCAAAGUAGACGAAGAAUGCGUGGACUGCUUCAAUUGGAAGUACUUUGAAAGUAACGGAUCGGAUACCACAAGAUCGACCAGUAGCCCUUCAUCUACAACUACCAUGACUCGGACAAGUACUUGUCAGACUCCAGGGUGGUGGGGCUGUCUUGACUCAACCACGACAGAAUCGACGACUCCAUCAACGACUGAAGUGCCUUUGACCUCCUGCGUGAAGUUCGGCUGGUUUGGCGGCUGUCUCGAAACAGUGACAGUAACACCGACCAGCUCAGCCAGCAAUACGAAGACUGCACCUAACAUACUUACGACCACAUCUUGUGAGAGUUAUUGGCUAGGUGACUGUAUCGAGUCCACGACCAUGACCUUGUUCCCAACAUCCUGUGCCAAACAUGGAUGGCUUGGCUUCGGUCCUUGCAUUUCUACGACGACCUUUUAUCCUCCUGCGACCGCUGCUCCUGCUGCAGUACCUACCAUUACCACAACCAGGCCGUUGCCAACAGCUCCAAAACCCACAUCAUGA